AUGACUCUUUGCUACUGCCUACCAUUUAUGGCUCUUAUAGUUCCGAUUUUGGCGCCAAUUCCUCCGCAACCUAAGGUGACCACAAAAAGUGCAUGUCUAAACAACUGCUUAGAGCCCGGGUCGCUUGUGUUUGCUGCCGAUAAUUUGCGCAAUUUUCAAACAAUUAUCUUAAAUUUCGAAGAAUUUUGCUAG